AUGCUUGAAGAAAUUAUUCGUGAACUUAUUAUUAAUGCAACAGAUUCAACUUAUGAAAUAUUUAAUUACCAACCACAACCAACAGUUUUUAUUAUUGAUGAUGCUCAAUAUAUCGAUAAAGAAUCUUGGCAAUAUCUUAAUCUUCUUGGUUCAGCUCCAACUUCUCUUCUUGUAAUGGCAAUGAGAGAUCCAACAUUAAAUGAUGAUGAAUUUCAUACACGUAUGGUUACACUUCGAGAUUUACCAACAACAAAACAUAUUCAACUUAUGGGUCUUGAUAAUCGCUAUUUAUCUACACUUGCAUGUCAAGCUAUGUUUGUACAACGUAUUCCAAAAGAUCUUGAAAUAUUAAUUACACGAAAAUCAGAUAAAGGUCAUCCACAAAAUGUUAUUCAAUUAUUAUCAGAUUUAUUAUCAAAUCAAAUAAUAAGAAUUGAAACAAUUAAUAAUGAUGAUGAUUUAAAUGAUGGAUAUAUUGAAGGUAUACAAAAGUAUUUAUGGAAACGUGUUGUUAAACAUGAUCCAGCAACAGGAAAUAUUAAAAUUUUAUUUGAAUAUGUUGAACCACAAUUAUGUCGAAUAUGUGAUCCAGAUAGAAAUAAAUUUUGGACAUAUACAACUGUUAUUGAAAAUAUAAAUGUUCAUGUUAAAAUUGAUAAAUUAAGAGAUAUUGAAAAACGUAUUGCAAAAAUAAGUUCAUUAUUUACAAAAAAUAUUUCAAAAAGAAUUAUUGUUUAUACAAUAACAAAUUAUGAUAUUCAUACAAAUGAAAUGUUAAAUUUACAUCAACAUCAUUUAAAUAAUAAUAAAAAUCAUACAGUUGGAUUAAAUGCAGAUUUAUUGAAAAUUAAUAGUGCCUUUUCUCAACUAUAUCGUGCACAAAUAUUCGAAUGUGCUUGGCUUGAUUUUGAAGCAAGAAAAAAUUCUAAUAUUGCCAGAUUAUUACAAGAAAAAAAUAUGACACCUAUAUGUUGUUGUCCAGAAAAUACAACUAAACAAAUAGAAAAUUGUCGUAUGUAUACUUUUAAAGAUCCAACAUUAAAAGAAGCAACACUUGCAACAAUAAUUGAUCAAUUUCAACAUGAUUAUUCAUCAAAAAUGGCUUUGUUUAUUGAAUCAAAAAAACAUUUAUGUAAAUCGUGUGGUGGAGAUUCAGAUUCAUUAAUUUUUUUAACACCUGUACAAAGUAUGAAAUUAGGUAUGUCUAUAUUAGAUACAUUUCAUGAAAGAAAAUUAAAACAAUUAAAUCAACGUUUACAAUAUAUGAUUUUAAAUCAUUUUUCAAUACAACAAACUUAUAAUACAUUAAAUGAUGAAGAUAUACAGACGAAUGAUGAUCAAGUAUCUUUAAUUGAACUAAAAGAAAAUUCUUCAUUUAAUAAUGAUAAUAGAAAAGAAAAGAAUUUUAUUCAAAAUUUUUAUCAAAAUUUUUAUCAACAAGAAUUUAAUGAAAAAAGAAAAUAUUUUCAACAAUUACGUAAUAAAAUCAAACAUGUUGAUAAUCUUACAAAAAAUACUAAACCAUCAUCAUCAUUUAGUCCUAUGGCUAUCGGAGGACGUAAAGAUACAAUAGUAGGUGAAACAUAUGCAAAAAUUCCUUUUCAUUUACAAGAAACUAGUCUUACUCAUUCUGAUAGUCCAAUAAGAACAAUUUAUCCCACACGAUCAAGUACUGAAAUAGCGCAAAGUAUUUCAAUGAACGAUAAAAAAAAAGAAUUUGGAAAAAUAUCUUCAAAAAAUAAUAAUUAUUAUGAAUCAAAUUUAAAUAUUAAUAAACAAACAAAAAGUUGUAAUGAAUUUUUAAAAAUAUAUUUAUUACAACAAACAAAAAAUCGAUUAAUUAUAAAUCGAUUUAGAUUAUUCACAAGACGUUUAUUUAAAUUUCGACGAAAAAAAUCUUUAAAUCGUGUACAACUUUUUAAUCAAUCACAAAAUUUUAAUCAAAAUAAUAAUCAUAUAAUCAUUGAACAAAUUUCUAAUAUUACUAUUGAACAAAUUCUUAAUCGUCAAUGGAUACAAGCAUUUGAAAAUAAAAAAUCUGAGAAAAAGAUUUCAUUAAUAAAACUUAACAGUGAAGAAUCUAGUUGUUCUACAUUGAGUAUAACAGAUGAAAAUUAUUCAUAUUCGAUUGAUAGUAUUCAUGUGUUUUGUCAAUCAAAUAAACAAUUGAAUAAUCGAAUUCAAAAGACUUCUCAAACGCGAAUAUCAAAUCAUUUAACUACUAUUUAUGGAUUGAAUCAAACAAUAGAACCAUUAAAAUGUCAACUAAAACUAAAUUCAUCUCAUUUUGUUCAUGAUGUAAAUAAAAUUGCUCCACAUGCUCGUGAAAAUUAUCAUUCACUAGAUCAAAAUAAUUAUAUUCAUGUCGAAAAUUCAUUAUUUUCUAAUUAUGAUUUAUCUCAACAUUGUUUUUCUCAUUCAGAUACACAAAAGAAAUGA